GAUUUACAAAAUAAUUAAGACUCAAUCUCUAUACCAUGAUUCCUCCUUCUUCUCUUUACCACUACUCUCAUAGUCAUGAUGCAUCUUCAUUCAAGAGUUUUUGGUUCUUCAUUCCAACUACCUUAGCUCUAUUAACCUCACUUUUCAUUCUAUUCUAUGUCUAUUAUACUUCAAUCAUCUUCACCAUUCAUCAUCAACACCACAACCUCCAACACACUCUUCACUUUAAAUCAUCAUCUCCAACCUCACACAACAAUCAUUCUGAGUUCAUCAAGUCUCACACUUUUAAAUUGGAUGGCGUUGGACUACAAAGUCAACGGGGUUUAUCACCACAACCUAGCUCAAAGGAAUCAAAUCCACGAGGGAAUGCUCUUGCUUAUGGUUCACAAAAAUUUGAGGAAAACAACAAUGUGUUCCAUGAUGAAGAUAUAUUUCUGGAAGACUAUAAAGAAAUGAAUAAAACCUUUAAGAUAUAUGUUUAUCCACACAAGAAAGAUGAUCCUUUUGCAAAUGUGCUUUUCCCUAUGAAAACCGAACCUAGUGGAAACUAUGCAAGUGAAAGUUACUUCAAAAAAGCACUUAUGAAUAGCCAUUUCAUUACAAAAGAUCCAACAGAAGCAGAUCUUUUCUUCAUGCCUUUUUCCAUAGCAAGCUUACGGCAUGAUCGCCGAGUCGGUGUGGGAGGUAUCAAAGACUUCAUUAAAGACUAUGUUCAGAAUAUCAAUCAGAACUAUCCGUAUUGGAACCGCACCGGUGGCGCAGAUCAUUUUUAUGUGGCAUGUCAUUCAGUUGGAAGGACUGCCAUGGAUAAAGCACCAGAAGUGAAAUUCAAUGCCAUUCAAGUUGUUUGCUCAUCAAGUUACUUCUUAACCGGUUAUAUUACUCAUAAGGAUGCAUGUUUACCACAAAUUUGGCCAAGAAAUGAUAACCCCUCCAACCUUGUUUCAUCCCAUAGGAAAAAACUAGCUUUCUUUGCUGGAGCAGCGAAUUCUCCACUACGGAGAACCGUUGUUGAGAGAUGGAAAAACGAUUCAGAAAUUUUUGUUCAUCGCGGAAGACUGAAAACACCGUAUGCAGAUGAGUUAUUAGGAAGCAAGUUUUGUCUUCAUGUUAAAGGCUAUGAAGUGAACACAGCACGUAUAGGAGAUUCAUUGUACUAUGGUUGUGUUCCAGUGAUCGUUGCGGAUUAUUAUGAUCUUCCAUUUGUAGAUGUUUUGAACUGGAAGAGCUUUUCUGUUGUUGUGACUACAUUAGACAUACCUUUUCUGAAAAAGAUUCUGAAAGGUAUAGUUAGUUCUGGUGAGUAUUUGAGGCUACAUAGGAAUGUGUUGAAGGUUAGGGAACACUUUCAAUGGCAUUCACCUCCACUUGAUUUUGAUGUGUUCUACAUGGUUAUGUAUGAGUUAUGGCUUAGACGAAGUUCUAUACCGAUUUUAAGUAUUUAAUUGGUUGGUUAUUACUCUGUAUAAUAGAGUAAUGCAGAAAUUAAUAAAUGAUUUUUAUCUUACUUGUACAUAAUUACAAACAGUAUUGUGGUUCACACAUCAGCAAUAAAGUAACAAUAACUGUUGGAUCAUAAACUUUUUUUCGACCCAUUGAGUUCGG